AUGCGUAUAAAUAGGAAAAAAAGACGUGUUGAUUUCAUUUUUUCCUUUUUUCCUACGGUUAGGUUCGUAUUUUUUCUUUUCGUUGAAUAAGCUGUUCGGAAGUAUUUACCGAGAUGCCUGAAAACUUCCAAGCUUUUCGCUUCGAGACCUUUUUGCCGUUGUUCCAUGCUCCUUUAAACAGUCUAGCAGGGCACAUUACAACUAUUUUCAUGUAAUAUUAAUUAAGAAUGUCUCGUCUGAGUUUCGAUAAAGAUAUGAGCCUUUUGGAAGGCCGAAAGAUGCAAGAAGAGCACAUGGAUAUCAAUCAAUUCCUCAUUGGGAAGGUUUCAAUUUUUUUUUUAAAUUCUUUCUAUAUUUUACUAUUGGCCUGUCUGCGCACUCCACGAACCAAACACUAUUUUCAAAUCGUGUCAGGACCCAUUUUUCGAUUUCUCAAGCUAGCCGUGAAUCAGCUAUGCAGACGCUAAGCAUUACUUGUAAAAUAAAAAAACUUAAAAUGACUCGUGUCUGAAAAAAUAACUUAAAAAGAAAAACCUAACGCUCCUAGCCAUUCCACGUGCGACCAAAAAAAGUGAAAUCAAUUCAAUACAUCAAUUUUCAGGCCAUGAACAGUGAUGAGGACAAGAAUCAUCAUGGAAAAAUGGAUGAUAAAGACGAUCCUUGUGUUGAUGACAUGGGCCUGACUGAUCCCGAAAAAAUGCACGAAGAGUGUCAAAAAGUGAGGUUUUCAAAAUUAAGCCUCUUUUUGAAAAAAGCUAAUAAUUUCCUUGAAUACAGUCUGUUCAUAUUUUUAAUGUCAAGUCAUCGCUUAAACUCCGCCCCUAAUGCGUAUAUCAAACCAAUCAGAGAACGAGUUAUCCACAGAGUGAUGUUGGGGGCGGAGUUUGCUGCUUAACUCUCAAAAUCUAAACAGACUAUAAAAAAUCAUAAAGUUGAAGCCAAACAAAAAACUGGAAAAACGCGCUUUAAUGAGUUUUUUUGAAAAAUGUAUUCGAUAGCGGGUUUGAUAUGCUUCUGACAAGUUAGUGAUUGAAAAUUAUAUUCUUCAGAAACAAAAUACAUCAAUUUUACAGAUGCGACAUUGA